CAUCCGUGCGUUGUGCUGCUGAAGGUCGCUGCGUCCUCUGUACGUGCGGCUCUGCCAUCUGCUGCAGGGGGCUGGAUCAUUGCGGGGACUGAGUGCAUUAACACGGGCUCAGCUCACUUGAGAUCAUGGCAGCUUACAGGCUGGUGCUGGUGAGACACGGGGAGAGCACCUGGAACCAGGAGAACCGCUUCUGCGGCUGGUUCGAUGCUGAUCUCUCGGAGACCGGGAGGCAGGAGGCGGACAGAGGAGCCCAGGCGCUCAGGGAGGCGGGUUACCAGUUUGACCUGUGCUACACCUCGGUGCUGAAGCGGGCGGUGCGGACCCUGUGGACGCUGCUGGACGGGAUUGACCAGAUGUGGGUGCCGGUGGUGCGGAGCUGGCGGCUCAAUGAGCGGCAUUACGGGGCCCUGACCGGCCUCAACAAGGCGGAGACGGCGGCCAAGCACGGAGAGCAGCAGGUCAAGAUCUGGAGGAGGUCCUUCGAUGUCCCCCCUCCCCCCAUGGGGCCGGACCAUGACUUCUACUCCAUCAUCAGCAAGGACCGUCGCUAUGCUGAUCUGUCUGAGAAUGAUCUUCCCUCUUGUGAGAGUUUGAAGGAUACAAUUGCCCGUGCCCUGCCCUUCUGGGAUGAGGAGAUUGUGCCACAGAUUAAAGCUGGGAAACGGGUCCUGAUUGCAGCUCAUGGUAACAGCCUGAGGGGGAUUGUCAAACAUCUGGAAGGCAUGUCUGAGGAAGCUAUCAUGGAACUGAACCUCCCAACGGGAAUCCCCAUCAUGUAUGAGCUCGACGUGAACCUGAAGCCAGUGAAACCCAUGCAGUUCCUGGGAGAUGAGGAGACAGUGAAGGCAGCAAUGGCUGCUGUGGCUGCUCAGGGCAAAGUCAAGAAAUGAACAGUGGCACUGAGGAAGGAUGCAAACAAGUAGAAAAGCAGAAGAAUUCCAUGAUAUAAUAUCUUAAGGGAAAAAAUGUAUAUGUAUGCAUUAGGUGAAACCGUGACAACACAUACUCAGUUAUCAUCGGAGAGGAUUUGUACUUCCUAUCAUGCUUAUUGAACACACCUGCUUUGCACCUCCCCUUAACCAAUUUUUCACUCUUUCCCACACCCCCUUUUCCUUAUCCUCUCUUGCCUGUAGUGACUUGUGUUGUCGGUUUUGGCUUCUAAGAGCUAUUGUGCAUUACGCAGUCUUCAUUGUGAGUGUGAACUGUAGAGUAUUAUGUUGCUCCUCCGUGGAAAAAAUGCAUUUCGGUUCAUAUCCGGGAUUGCAGCUGAUUUAAUUGACAGAGUCCUCUUUCGUACAUUGGUCAGAUUACAGACCCAUCAUAGUUCUUAAUUAACUCUCAGCUCAAUCUCAAAAGUGAUAGCAUUGUGCCCUCCUCAGUCCAGUCCCCAAUGUCCUUAUCAGUGAAAUACUUUCAGUGCCACUGAACAGACAAUGGAAUUAGCAAUGGCGCGGCGUUAAAGAAUUCUAUUCGUCAAACUGUCCCUGACUAGUAUGAUCGAGUGGAGCAAGUUCACCACAUUAACACUGUGGGAAUACCAACGAGUGAGUAAAUGAAUAUCCUGGAAGAAGUCGGGGAAGUCACAUACUUAAGGUAUAGUUGUCAGCUUUUAAAUAAUGGAUCAUGAAUGGAACAGAUUUAGGUAAAGAAUGAAUGAAUGAGGUCACAGACAUUUUACUCAAAAGAGCACUGGUGCCUCACAUGAUGGGCUGAGUGGCCAUCUCUAUAAUCACAACCAAAGACCAAUUGCAAGCACCUCAAUAAAUCAAUCCUUGACCAAAACAUGCAGCUGUUCAAUUCAGCCUGUAUCCUGAGUAUUUUUGAUUUGACAAAGAGUUAAGAAUGGUGUUAGUUUGUGUUUCCAAUACCUGAGAAGUGCUGUCCUCUGUCACUGUUACAUUCUCCAGUCUUUUCACCACCCACCUCUUUGUGUCUCUGCUUUGCUGCUUGAGGGUGGUGCUGAUUAUUACAGUAAGGAGCUGACAGGAUCCCAUAUGUGACCAUGAAGGCCAUUGUAUGCCCAUUUGUGCAUUGCAAACCUUCCUGUGAAUAAAUGUAGCUUUGAGGACA